AUUAAGUAUUCUACGUUUUUGCUUAUCUCUUUAUGCAGGUGCUGGGGCCACGAUUAAUGGAGAAUCGUAAACCAUUCCGCUUACAAAACACACUGGUAUUCUACAAUGCAGUGCAAGUGAUAUUUAGUGCAUGGCUGUUUUAUGAGUGUUUAAUGGGCGGCUGGUGGGGUCAUUACAGCUUUAGAUGUCAGCCAGUGGAUUAUAGCGAUGAUCCCACUACGAAGCGUAUGGUACACGCGUGUUGGUGGUACUACUUUUCCAAAUUCACCGAGUUCUUGGAUACGAUCUUCUUUGUGCUACGCAAGAAGACGAGCCAAGUAACAACGCUGCAUGUCAUACAUCACGGCUGCAUGCCGAUGUCCGUCUGGUUUGGUGUCAAGUUCACACCAGGUGGUCACAGCACUUUCUUCGGCCUGCUCAACACAUUCGUGCACAUCAUUAUGUACACGUAUUACAUGUUUUCAGCCAUGGGUCCACAAUACCAGAAAUAUUUGUGGUGGAAGAAAUAUCUGACCACUCUGCAGAUGGUACAGUUUGUGCUGAUCAUGGUGCACGCCUUCCAAUUGCUCUUCAUCGACUGCAAUUAUCCAAAGGCGUUCGUUUGGUGGAUCGGCAUGCAUGCGGUGAUGUUCUUCUUCCUGUUCAAUGAAUUCUACAAGAACGCCUACAAGGGACGUCGCACGAAACACAAAAAUUUAUUGAUGUUCAUUUUGCAGCGCAAAGAGAAGGACGACGACGACUUGGAUGUGCAGAAAACGAAUAAAGCCGUGACGGAGGAGCAGCAGAAAGCGUCACUCACAAAUGGCCACAUCAGCAAUGGAGUAGUCAGCAAUGGCAGCCUUGCCAACGGACUGACAAAGAAUGGCUAUAAAAUGGCAUCGACGUCGCUGCUGGCCAACGGCAGUGGCACCACCUUGAAUGGCAGCAUCAAGCCGACGACGGCGAAUGGCAGCUUGCACAAAAAUGGCGAUGCGCCGCUGCUAGUCAAUGGUCAUAGCAAAAUGGGCGUUGAACUGUCGACGCAGCUGACGCAGAGAAAAUUGCAGCAACAACAAAAAUAAUAUAGGGCAAAAGGCAUAGCAGCCAAUGCGACAGCAACUGCAACUGCAACUGCAACUGUAAUAGCAACAGCAACAACGACAGCGACAGCGACGGUUACGGCGACGACAGCCGCAACUAAGCUAACAACACAAAAAAA